CUAAAUUCUCAAAUACUACCAAAGACUGUAUGAGUAACUUGGUCAUUUCCUUUUAACCACGUCUGUUCCAACACUCUUCGUUCUUUUUCUCCAAGCAUUUUACACAAAAGCCCAAAUUUACUCAGAAAAUUAUUUUUUAAGAAUAUCACUGGGAAAAAAAGAAAGUACGGAAGAAAAGAAAGAAAAUAGAAAAUCCAAUCGUUUCUACUCAAUUUCACUAGAUCUGAUUUCCCUGGAUUUUCAUUUCUCGAUCCAAAAAAACAAACAGCAAACCCUAAAAAGACCAAAAGAGGGGGAAAAAGAAAAUAAAAAAGAUAUGUUCAGAUUCGAAUUUGAAAAGAUCAGGAAACGAAUUUGAUUUAAUCGAAGGAAUUUUUUUGUUUGUUCCUUUUUGUUAAUAAAAAAUCUGUUAUGGCCGACACCGUCUCCGUGAUUCCCACCUCCGUUCUCCGCAAUCUCUCCGACAAGCUAUACGAGAAGCGCAAGAACGCGGCCCUUGAGGUUGAAGGAAUUGUGAAACAGCUGGCGUCGUCGGGAGAUCACGAGAAGAUAUCGGCGGUGAUUAACUCGUUGACCACGGAAUUUACCUACUCACCACAAGCCAAUCACCGUAAGGGAGGAUUGAUAGGUUUAGCUGCUGCCACUGUUGGGUUGACUUACGAAGCGGCCCAAUAUCUUGAGCAAAUUGUGCCUCCAGUGCUUAAAUCUUUUUCUGACCAAGAUAACCGAGUUCGCUAUUAUGCCUGUGAAGCUCUAUAUAACAUUGCAAAGGUUGUCCGAGGAGAUUUUAUCAUAUUUUUCAAUCAGAUUUUUGAUGCUUUAUGCAAGCUAUCAACUGAUUCAGAUGCCAAUGUACAGAGUGCUGCUCACCUUUUGGAUAGGCUUGUGAAGGACAUUGUUACUGAAAGUGACCAGUUCAGUAUUGAAGAAUUUAUACCAUUGUUGAGAGAGCGGAUGAAUGUCCUGAAUCCUUACGUCCGUCAGUUUUUGGUUGGAUGGAUAACUGUACUGGAUAGUGUUCCAGAUAUUGACAUGUUGGGUUUCCUCCCCGAUUUUCUUGAUGGUUUAUUUAAUAUGUUAAGUGAUUCUAGUCAUGAAAUACGGCAACAAGCUGAUUCAGCACUUUCAGAGUUUCUCCAAGAGAUUAAGAACUCCCCAUCUGUAGAUUAUUGCCGUAUGGCUAAAAUACUGGUGCAAAGGGCAGCUUCUCCUGAUGAAUUCACUCGGUUAACAGCUAUCACUUGGAUAUAUGAGUUUGUAAAACUUGGUGGAGACCAGCUUGUUCCUUACUAUGCUGACAUACUGGGAGCCAUUCUCCCCUGCAUAUCUGAUAAAGAAGAGAAAAUUAGAGUGGUUGCUCGUGAAACCAAUGAGGAGCUUCGUGCAAUCAAGGUUGAUCCAGCAGAAGCCUAUAAUAUGGGUGCCAUUCUCUCCAUUGCGAGGAGGCAACUUGGUAGUGAGUGGGAGGCCACUAGAAUUGAAGCAUUGCACUGGAUAUCAGCCCUUUUAAACAGACAUCGUACUGAGGUCUUGAGUUUUCUAAAUGACAUAUUUGACACCCUUUUGAAAGCUCUAUCUGACUCUUCUGAUGAGGUGGUACUCCUGGUUCUUGACAUUCAUGCAUGCAUAGCACAAGAUCCCCUACACUUCCGCCAGCUUGUUGUUUUUCUGGUGCAUAAUUUCCGGGUUGAUCAUAAUCUUCUGGAGAGGCGUGGUGCUUUGAUAAUCCGUAGACUUUGUGUUCUCUUGGAUGCUGAAAGAGUGUACCGUGAGCUAUCCACCAUACUAGAGGGAGAAGCAGACCUAGAUUUUGCCUGCAUUAUGGUUCAGGCUUUGAAUUUAAUUCUACUCACUUCUUCUGAGCUAUCUGAUCUUCGGAAACUUUUGAAACAGUCACUAGUUAAUGCUGCUGGAAAAGAUUUAUUUGUUUCUUUGUAUGCUUCAUGGUGCCAUUCAACCAUGGCAAUCAUAAGCCUCUGUUUAUUAGCUCAGACGUACCAGCAUGCCAGUGCUGUGAUUCAAUCCCUGGUCGAGGAAGAUAUUAAUGUCAAAUUCUUGGUCCAGCUUGAUAAAUUGAUUCGCUUGCUCGAAACUCCAAUCUUUGCGUAUCUUAGAUUGCAGCUUCUUGAACCCGGAAGAUAUAUAUGGUUGCUGAAAGCCUUGUAUGGACUUUUAAUGCUACUUCCACAGCAAAGUGCUGCAUUCAAGAUACUGCAAACUCGUUUGAAAACUGUGCCAUCAUACUCCUUCAAUGGUGAUCAACUUAAUCGAGCAUCAUCAGGCAACCCGCACUCCCAAAUUUUACAUCACAGUGGAUCACAAAUCACUGAGGAUGGUGACAUAAACCAAGAGAAUGGGAAUUUACAGAAUGGAAUUAACUUUGCUUCAAGGCUGCAACAGUUUGAGCAAAUGCAGCAACAACACCGUAUGUCACAAGUGCAAUCACGAAACAGUUCCACUUCAUUAUAGAAGAGUCUUUUAUGGUUUUCCACUGUAUGGGAAUCAACUUGUGAUAUCUCUCCGGUAUGCAGGAGGGGCUAAAAGCAGAAGAACCCUGGCGGGCAGUUGCAAAUUUAGUUGUUCCUGCUGCCUAUUGACAAUUCAAGGUCAAAUGUACGAUGAUCUCAUGAUACUUGAGCCUGGGGUGAGAGCUAGUAUAGUUUGUAAAAUUGUAUAUAAUAGUAGUUUGUUUCUAUUAAACUCAUGGAGGUUGGGACGGUGAAAAUUGGGUUAUGAAUAUAAUCUUUGGGUGUAUUCCCAGCUUUUCUUUUUUCCUUUUGUAAACAGGAUACGACCAUGUGGUUCUGUUAUUUUUAUUGAAAACCACAUGGAUUAGAGGGAGGUAAUGAAUCUAGAAAAUACAGUUUGUUAUUAUUAUUUUUUUUCUU